AUGCGAGAAAACUUCCUGCAACUUAAUAGCUCCAAAACAGAAGCUAUUUUAGUUGGCACACCAAACCAGGUCCAGUCAUCCCCCAUAACCCACAUUACCUUUUCUGGCCAAAACAUACCCCUCUCCACAGCAGUUACCAACCUGGGUGUAAGAUUUGACAGACAUCUGACUUUUGACACCCACAUCAAACACCUGUGCAAAACCUCCUUCUACCACCUCAGGAACAUUGCUAAACUCCGUUCCACACUCUCCCUGUCAGAUGCAGAACAACUGGUCCAUGCCUUCGUCUCCUCAAGGCUCGAUUACUGCAACGCUCUCCUCAUCGGGACUCCUAGCGGGAGCCUUCAGAAGCUCCAAUAUGUACAGAACAGUGCCGCUAGGAUCCAGAUGAGGAAGAAGCUAAUUUCUCAUUUGGCAGUUACAUUAAUUCAUGAGAGUGAUCCAAACCGGUUUAAAGAAAACUCAACUUUACGGGCAAACAACACAAAACUCAGCUUCGACAUCCAGAAUCUGGCGGACCAGUUGGGCAACCUGACACAAGCCUAUAAUGUCUCAGAGAGCAACAACAAAAACCUGUCUGCAGGAGUCGAGGAGCUGAACAAACGAAACCAGGAGCUGGAGACCAAGAAUAACAACUUGACACAGCAAAUACAAAACCUGACAACAAACUGGAAUGAGCUCAACGUCAGUCGAGCUCAGUGGAGCAUCAAUUCCUACUGCAGACAACCUGGCAAGACCAACUGUCAAGCUUGUCAGAAAGGCUGGUUACACACUGAGCCCAGCUGCUAUGCGUAUCAAAACCCUCGUUCUCGUGGAUGGAAAACCUGGGAAGAAGCUAGAGAAAACUGCAGUGGAAAGAAUUCAUAUUUGGCUGUUGCACAUGAUUUUAAGGAAAAGGAAGCAAUCAAGAAAGAAAGCUUUGGAUCUAAUGGAUUCUGGAUUGGUCUGAGAGUUGUAAAUAAGAAAUGGGAGUGGGUGGAUGGAAGUAAUCUGACUGAUAGCUCCUGGAUAGAUCCUCCUGAUCCUGUUGACGGUCACUGUGCAGUGUUGUUCAAGAAAAAAGACACAUGGUCAUCAAGGAGAUGUAAUGCAACACAACAAUGGAUCUGCCAGAAGAAGGCUCUGUCUGUUUAAACAAAGCAGUCAUACUAAGAAAGUUACUGGAAACUCUUUGAAACAAAUAUGAAUUACUUGUGAAUAAAAACAAAUUCCAAACAAAAAAAUAAAAAUAAAAAAACGAUAAAAAACAGUAAUUCCAGAAUCGUUUCACAAACUCGAUACAAACAAUAAAACACAAAAGUUAACUCAUAAUGUGGAUUAUUUUAAAAUCGAUGUACUUUUAAUUUGACUUAAUUUCUAUGGAGCUUGCUAAAUUAAUGCAAAUAUUUCUUUCUUUAAAAUGUUUAUGGUGUUUUUAUCAGAUAUGGAUGGUUAAAAUAGUUAUACUGUUUUGUGUGAAUAAUGUUAUUCUAUUGUGUUAGAGAUGCAAUGCUUAAACUCUGCAGAUUAUUGCAAAGAUUAUGGACCAUUUUUAUUUGAUUGCUUCUCCCGGCCAGCAGAGGGCGCUGCAUCACUUGUUCUCAAUACAAUGUUCCAGAGUCUGUUUAAUAACUAUUUUUCAAGAUUCAAAGGUUUAUUGUCAUGACAUUUAGAAACUAUGGUGUAAUUAUGUAAUGUAUAAAACAAAUUGAUCGCAGGUUCCUUAACAGUGCAAUUAACAAGACAUAAGAAAUACAUAUAAAAAACAACAAUAAAAAUAAAAAUAGUGCAA